AUGGCAGCAGCGGAGACUGCCAACCUGCCUCGCACCAAGCUGCCCUUUUACGACAUUACCUUUCGCAACCUCGAGGACGGCCACUACGAGCCCCCUUCUGACUACAACCAAGUGUCCCGCCCUUUGGCCCGGGUCGUGCGAUCCAACGAUGCCCUCCUCCGGGCGUUUGGCACCUUUGUCCUCGCCGUGUCCGACUUGGAAGACGCUGCCUUCAUCGCCGAUGUUGGCGCUGAGCGCCUGUUGGUGACGGCCAAGGGACCCGGUAUCAACGAGCAGCGGCGAUCCUUUUCGUCCGAUAACAUUACCAUUUCCUCCGUGCCCCGCACAUCUACGGUGGCCGAUGGACUGCUCGACUUCGAGAUCCAGGUUAUGCGAUCCGGGAGCGGCGCCAAGGUCCCCAAACAGCUGUCCAGUACUCUGGUCCUCGCCGUGUGCCCGACCGAAGAGGGCAACGUGGCCGAUCUGCAGCUCUUUGUCGACGUCCGCAACGGCCACGCCGAGUCGACAUCUCACCUCCUCGAGCUCGCCGCCCGCUACCUCGCCCCCGAGCCCGCCGCCGAUGCGCCGUCCCUGCAGCAGGCCGCGCCGCUUUCGUGCCGCCAAAACGGCCCGCCCACCAUGAUCAGCCGCCCGCCGCUGCUCAAGAGCGAUCUCAGGCUCUACACCAGCGAGGCGGACUGCCCGGCCCUCCUACACAGUGCCUUUGAGCGCCGCGCGGCCGAGGCUCCUGACAACUCGUGCGUCGAGUACAUUGCCGACGCCGCGGGUGAGAUUGAGAAGUGGACGUUUGGCGAGGUGCACGCCCUGGCCGAUCGCUUGAUGGAGGAGCUGCACAUUCUCGAGGCCAACCUGGCCUGGAACAAGCCGUUCAACGGCCAGCGCAUCGUGCCGCUGUACUUGCCUGGCUGCCCCCAGCUCUAUGCCGGCUACAUGGGCAUCAUGAAGGCUGGCUGUGCCUUUUGCCCGCUCCCCCUGGACGCGCCUCCCGAGCGAGUCCAGGUCAUCCUCGAGGACAUUGAGGCGCCCGUCGUCCUCGGCCUCGGCAGCAAUCCGUUCCCCGGCCUGGCGAUGGAAACCGCCGAGCCGCACGUGGCCGAGUUCCUCGGCAACAUCACCUGGGUCGACAUGGCCAACCUGUCGGUCUGGCGCGCCGACAGGCCCGCCGCGUCUCUUGCGCCGACGCAGCCGCGGGUGCCCAAGGAGGAGGACCUCGCCUACAUCCUCUACACCAGCGGUUCGACCGGCAAGCCCAAGGGCGUCCUGAUCUCGCACAAGUCCGGCUGCUGCGCCAUCGGCGGCCACGACGAGGCCUUUCCGCACCUGGCUGUCGGCCCUGCGCUGCGAUGGCUGCAGUUUGCCAUGCCGACGUUUGACCUGAGCCUGAUUGAGAUCUUUGUGACCAUGGGCAACGCCGGCACGCUGUGCGUGGCCGAGCGCUCGCUCAUGCUGACCGACAUUGAGCGCACCAUCAAGCGCUUCGACGCCAACACCAUCUUCACCGUGCCCAGCCUGGCCACGCUGCUGCGCCCGGCCAAGGUGCCGUCGCUGACGACGCUCGUCGUCGGCGGCGAGCUGCUCAACAGGUACACCAUUGACAGCUUCUCCCACGACGCGCCGCGCGGGCCCGGCGAGCCCCGGCGCCACCUCAUCAACAUUUACGGCCCGACCGAGGCCACCAUGGCCGUGGCGACCGAGGCGUCGGCCGUCACCACCCGCGGCUCCGUCAUCGGCAACUGCCUGCGCUGCGCCGGCAUCAUCAUCGUGGACCCCAACUCGGACGAGCUGGUCGAGACGCCGUCGCCGCUGACCGGCGAGCUCGCCAUCAUCGGCCCCCAGGUCGGCUUCGGCUACCUCAACCGCCCCAAGGAGACCAGCGCCGCGUUCAAGGACGGCAGCCACCUGGGGCUCGGCCCCGUGUACAAGACGGGCGACCGGAGCCGCAUCGUCUGGACCGCCGACGGCAAGCCCAAGGUCGAGAUCCUCGGCCGGCUCAGCAUGGAGCAGGUCAAGCUCAACGGUCGCCGCGUCGAGCUGAGCGAGAUCGAGUCCAGCAUUGCCAAGUCGGAGCUCGUCCGUGAAGUCGCCGCCGUCGUCCUCGGCAAGGCGCAGCUCGUGGCGUACGUCUCGCUCGCCGACACAUCCGACUCGGCCGAGGCCCGCGCGGCCGCCAUUACAGACUGCCGCGACGUCGCGAACCGCACCAUGCCCACCUGGAUGCGGCCCGGCGACUACACGGUCCUGGCAGAGCUCCCGCGCACGGCCAGCGGCAAGGUAGACCGCAAGCUGCUCCAGAAGCGGGCGCAGGACACCUUUGGAGUUUUGGCGCCCGUCCCGGCGUCCGAGGCGCCCGCUGUCGCCGUGGAUUUGGCUAGCGAGGACAGCGUCCGCGCGCUCCUGGUCCAGACAAUCAGCUCCGUCAUUGGCGAGACGGCCGCGUCAAACGACGCCACGACGCCGCUGUACACCUGGGGCAUCGACAGUCUCCAGGGCAUGCGCGUGCUGCAGUCCCUCCGCGAGCACGGGAUUGAGGGUCUCGCGCUCAACGACAUCAUGGUCGGCAACAGCCUCGGCGCCCUCGCCAAGCGCGUCGUCGAGCUGCACCACGCGGUGGCGGACCCAGACGCGGACAUUGACGACAGCCCCAUUAAGAUUGAAGACGAGGAGGAGCUGCUCUUCCUGCCACUCGCCGCCAAGCUCAAGCACUUUGAGGCCGAGUGCCGCCCGCAGUGCGCCAAGGGCCUCGACAUCCCCGUCGACGAGAUUGAGCACGUCCUCCCCUCGACUGGGAUGCAGACGCGCAUGGUCGCCUUCUUCCAGGAGUGCGCCGACGAGAUUGGUCUCACCAAGCCCUACGUUGAGCACUUUCCCUACAAGGUCCCCACCGACCUCUUCGACCUCGACCGGUUCGAGGCCGCCGUGCUGGGCGUACUCGGCGCGCACGACGCCUUCCGCACCGUCACCUGCCCUGUCGAGCACCCGCUCACGCCGUUUGCGCAAGUGGUCCUGCGCCAGACGUCGCCACGGGCCGCGCUGCCCGUCGUGCGCAUCACCUGCUCCGUCUACGACGAGCGACCCGGCAGCCUGUGGACCAAGACGAUUGAGCAGGCGCAAAAGUCGGCGUACGAGGUGCUGCACCUGGACCGGCCGGGCGCCGUCGUCACCUUUGUCUACGACGAGGCGCGCGCGCACUGCGUCAUGGUCUGGUCGCUGUUCCACAUGAUCUACGACGGCAUCAGUCUCGAGGUGCUGCGGCGCGAGAUUGCGCGCGCCUACGCCGACCCGGCCUCCGUCGCCGGCAUCGCGGCCAAGUGCCCGCAGGGCGUGCGCCUGCCCAUCGAGGCGCACUACAGCGGCGACUGGCUCGAGACGAGCCUGUACUGGAUGCGCGAGCGCGCCGGCGCGGGGUGGUUCAAGCUGGGCCCGCGCGCGCUGCCCGUGGGCGGCGGCGAGUACUCGGAGUCGUUCCGCAACGGCGACGUCGCGUGCGAGACGCUCGUCUCGAGCCUGAGCCUCGACGACCUCAAUGAGCUGACGCGCAGGCGCGGCCUCCACUCGUCGCUCGCUGUCACCCAGGCCGCCUACUCGAUGGCGUUGGCGCAGACCGUGGUCAGGCUAGGCGACGCCGACGACGUCGAGGUGCAGUUUGCCACGGUGCUCCACGGCCGCCAGACGCCCGCGUCGCUCGACUGCGUCGCGCUCAUGCUCGAGACGCUGCCCGCGUACAUCAACUACAAGGGUGUCGGGCCCAAGAUGACGCACCGCGAUGUCGUCCGCCACAUGCUCGCCGAGCACGUCGAGCAGAUGCCGCACGCGCAGAUGCCCUGCACCACCGUCGACUUUGCCAGGACGGGUCGCCGCCUCGACAGCUCCAUCAUCCUGCAGGCCUACCCCAAGCCGCCGACCGCGACCGCGACCGCCGCCGCCGCCGUCGACGACCUGCCGGGCUUCAAUCGCGAGGAGAACCUCAUGGUCCCCUGGCAGGAGACCUUUACCGGCUACCCGCUGCUCAUGGAGCUCUGGCAGGGCUUCGACCGCGCCGACGAGAAGCUGCGCAUCCGCUGCUCCUACGUCCCGACCUGGCCCGGCUACGAGUUCAUGUCCAAGGCGUGGGCCCAGGGCCUCAGCGCCGCCCUCGAGGCCAGUCUUGUGCGCAUCCUCGGCGACCCGGAUGCCGAGUUUGACCGUGUGGCCCUUGUCAAGGCUGAUGCUGACGUUGGCGGUGGCGUGCCGGCAGAACCCAUGGACGUUUCUGCCUGA